AACCUGCGGACGGCCAGGCGGCCAGCUGGACAGACACUCGCGGGGGGACCGGACGGGUCGUGGGGGGCCCGGAAGACUGGGGAGAGCGAACAAACAAACUUGGCGAGAGGAGUGACCUGGGGGCCGGGGGCGGAGUCGCGGGCGGCGCGGGGAGGGGAGAGCGCGGCGGCAGCGGCGGCCCAGGAAGCGCAGCGCACCGCCCACCCAUCCGGGCCCAGCGGCGUUGCGGGCAGAGGCAGGCUGGGCCGGGGGCUGCUGCGCCUUGACCCCCACCCCGAUCCGCAGCCCCCAGCCCGGCCCCAAGAUGAUGAAGAGGCAGCUGCAUCGCAUGCGGCAGCUGGCCCAUACGGGCAGCCUGGGACGCACCCCGGAAACAGCCGAGUUCCUUGGUGAGGACUUGCUGCAGGUGGAGCAGCGGCUGGAGCCAGCCAAGCGAGCAUCCCACAAUGUCCACAAACGGCUGCAAGCCUGUCUGCAGGGCCAGAGUGGAGCAGACAUGGACAAGCGGGUGAAGAAGCUGCCCCUCAUGGCUCUGUCUGCUGCAAUGGCUGAGAGCUUCAAGGAGCUGGACCCUGACUCCAGCAUGGGGAAGGCUUUGGAAAUGAGCUGUGUCAUCCAGAACCAGCUGGCCUGCAUCGUGGCCGAGUUUGAGAUGGCCCUGGAGAAGGAUGUCCUACAGCCGCUCAGCAGACUGAGUGAGGAGGAGCUGCCAGCCAUUCUUAAGCGCAAGAAAAGCCUGCAGAAGCUGGUGUCCGACUGGAACACCCUCAAGAGCAGGCUCAGUCAGGCAGCCAAGAACUCAGGUGGUGGUCAAGUCCUAGGAGGCGUACCGGGCAGUUACAGCCACAUCACCACGGCCAACAAGGUGGAGACCCUGAAGGAGGAAGAGGAGGAGCUGAAGAGGAAGGUGGAGCAGUGCAAGGAUGAAUACUUGGCUGACUUGUACCACUUUGCCACCAAGGAGGACACAUAUGCCAACUACUUCAUCCACAUCCUGGAGAUACAGGCUGACUACCAUCGCAAGUCCCUGAGCUCCUUGGACACAGCCCUGGCUGAGCUGAGGGAGAACCAUAGCCAAGCAGACCCCUCCCCCUCGAUGAUGGCCGCCCCCUUCUCCAGGGUGUAUGGGGUGUCGCUGGGAAUCCACCUGCAGGAGCAGGGCCGGGACAUCGCCCUGCCCAUCGAAGCCUGCGUCGUGAUGCUGCUUUCUGAGGGCAUGAAGGAAGAGGGCCUCUUCCGCCUGGCCGCUGGGGCCUCAGUGCUGAAGCGCCUCAAGCAGACGAUGGCCUCGGACCCCUGCAGCCUGGGGGAGUUCUGCUCUGACCCCCACGCCGUAGCAGGUGCCCUCAAGUCCUAUCUGCGGGAGCUGCCAGAGCCCCUGAUGACCUUUGACCUCUAUGAUGAUUGGAUGAGGGCAGCCAGCCUGAAGGAGCCAGGGGCCCGGUUGGAGGCCCUCCGAAAGGUAUGCAGCCGCCUCCCCUACGAGAACCUCAGCAACCUCAGGUACCUGAUGAAGUUCCUGGCCCGGCUGGCUGAGGAGCAGGAGGUGAACAAGAUGACACCCAGCAACAUCGCCAUCGUCCUGGGGCCCAACCUGCUGUGGCCGCCAGAGAAAGAAGGGGACCAGGCUCAGCUAGAUGCAGCCUCAGUGUCUUCUAUCCAGGUGGUGGGCGUGGUCGAGGCUCUGAUACAGAAUGCAGACACCCUCUUCCCUGGAGACAUCAACUUCAACAUAUCAGGCCUGUUCUCAGCCCUUGCCCCCCAGGACAAGGUCAGCAACAGGCCGGCCUCUGAGGAACUUCCAGCCGUUGCUGUGCCCACCCCGGCCACCACCCUGGCUCCAGCUCUGGCUCCAGCUCUGGCUCCAGCCCCAGCCCCGACCCCCGCCUCAGUAGCUACUAAGGAAAGGACAGAGUCCGAGGCGCCCCCCAGACCAGCCUCCCCCAAGGUCAACAGGAGCGCCCCAGAGGCAGCUGCCCCAGCAGAGGACGUGACUCGGAGGGUCAAACGCCCAGCACCUGCCCGGCCCAUCAUGCCGCCCCCCCAGGUCUCCAGCAACCGCUCCUCCCCUCCAGCCCCACCCCUGCCCCCUGGUUCUGGCAGCUCUGUGACUCCCCAGGCUCUGCCCCGCCGGCUGGUUGGCAGCAACCUCCGGGCCCCCACAGUGCCACCCCCGUUGCCCCCCAUGCCUCCCCAGCCUGCCCGGCGCCAGAGCCGGCGUUCACCAGCCUCCCCGGGUCCAGCCUCCCCCAGCCCAGGCUCUUUAAGCAUUCCUGUGCAGGGGGACCUGGGGGUGGCCACAGAGGAGGGAGAGGACCCUGAGGCUAUAGGUAGAGUCACUACUCCCCCACCUGUCCCCCCUCAGCCACAGCCCAGGAGCCUCGCCUCAGAGACUGACUGAGCUCGUGGCUGCUCCCUGACCAGCCGCUGGUACCUCCUUCCUCCCCACCUUGCCCUCCCAGGACACAGCACUCGCCACUCCCAAAGGGUGAAGGCCUCCAGCCUUUGCCCACAAGUGCCUCGGUACCCCCGCUGGGCUGGCCCCCAUGGCGAAGAGGACUCAGGACAGCGCCCCCCCCACUUCCAGACUUUCUCCUCCUCCACCCUGGGCUUGGGGGGCCCCACCCCCAACUCCCCACUCUGGCAGGGGAGCACCAGAAGGAAAGAGAGGGUUGCCUGCUCCCACAGGACUUUUAUUUUUCUCUUGCCGAAGUAUUUUUUGUAAGGCUGGUAAAUAAAUUAUUUUGGACAAAACUGGAGCAGCAGCCCAAAUGAUAGUUUUAUUUUCUGUCCUUGAAAUAAAGAAGCCAUUUUCAUAAAGGGGAAACAAU